AAAGAGGUCUUGGCCUCUGACCUGGCAAAUGACAGAUCAACUCGUGCCGUAGUUUUGUACUAUUAGAAUGCCACUGUAUAUGAUUUAAGACUUUCUAGCCUUCUUCUCAAAAACAGAAACAAUGUUUUCUUUUAUAGCAAAAGAAAAGCACAAGAAAUAAACUUGCAGUCAUUGUUAAUUCGGCUAGCGUGCUGAUCCCCGAAAUCAAAGUGAAGUGAAGCUGCUGAAGCUCAGAAGCUGAUUCUGUCACAUUCUAAGAUGCCUUCAGAAGACUCUGCAUGCUGCCUAAAUCAGUCUUGAGAGAUUGAAUUCUGAGAUUGAUGGUUGGUCAUAUAGAAGAAGCCCUUGAACCUGUAGUUUUCGGAAAAAUCAAUUCAACAGACCCAAAAAAGUACAAAGGAGAAGUACAAAUGUCUACCACAAGACGAAAACGUAAUAUGUUAUGUUGUUUACCGUAAGCUGUAGUAAGAUGAGCUCGAUUGUUGACAGAGAUGACAAUAGUAUUUUUGAUGGGUUGGUGGAAGAAGAUGACAAGGACAAAGCCAAAAGGGUAUCUAGAAACAAAUCUGAAAAGAAACGUAGAGAUCAAUUUAAUGUUCUCAUUAAAGAACUGGGAUCCAUGCUUCCUGGAAAUGCUAGAAAGAUGGACAAAUCUACUGUUCUGCAGAAGAGCAUUGACUUUUUACGAAAACAUAAAGAAAUCACUGCACAGUCAGAUGCUAGUGAAAUUCGACAAGACUGGAAACCUACAUUCCUUAGUAAUGAAGAGUUUACACAAUUAAUGUUAGAGGCUCUUGAUGGUUUUUUUUUAGCAAUUAUGACAGAUGGAAGUAUAAUAUAUGUGUCCGAGAGUGUGACUUCAUUACUUGAACACUUACCAUCUGAUCUUGUGGAUCAAAGUAUAUUUAAUUUUAUCCCAGAAGGGGAACAUUCAGAGUUUUAUAAAACACUCUCUACCCAUCUGCUGGAAAGUGAUUCAUUAACUCCUGAAUACUUAAAAUCAAAAAAUCAGUUGGAAUUCUGUUGUCAUAUGCUUCGAGGAGCAAUAGACCCAAAGGAACCAUCUACCUAUGAAUAUGUGAGAUUUAUAGGAAAUUUCAAAUCUUUAAACAGUGUUUCCACCUCAGCACAUAAUGGUUUUGAAGGAACCAUACAGCGCACACAUAGGCCUUCUUAUGAAGAUAGAGUUUGUUUUGUAGCUACUGUCAGGUUAGCUACACCUCAGUUCAUCAAGGAAAUGUGUACUGUUGAAGAACCCAAUGAAGAAUUUACAUCCAGACAUAGUUUAGAGUGGAAGUUUCUAUUUCUAGAUCACAGGGCACCACCAAUAAUAGGAUAUUUACCAUUUGAAGUUCUGGGAACAUCAGGCUAUGAUUACUAUCAUGUGGAUGACCUAGAAAAUCUGGCAAAAUGUCAUGAGCACUUAAUGCAAUACGGGAAAGGUAAAUCAUGUUAUUAUAGGUUCCUGACCAAAGGGCAACAGUGGAUUUGGCUUCAAACUCAUUAUUAUAUCACUUAUCAUCAGUGGAAUUCAAGGCCAGAAUUUAUCGUUUGUACGCACACUGUAGUAAGUUAUGCAGAAGUAAGGGCUGAAAGACGACGAGAACUUGGCAUUGAAGAGUCUCUUCCUGAGACAGCUGCUGACAAAAGCCAAGAUUCUGGGUCUGAUAAUCGAAUAAACACAGUCAGUCUCAAGGAAGCAUUGGAAAGGUUUGAUCACAGCCCAACCCCUUCUGCCUCCUCCCGGAGUUCAAGAAAAUCAUCUCACACAGCAGUCUCAGACCCUUCCUCAACACCAACAAAGAUCCCAACAGAUACUAGCACUCCUCCCAGACAGCAUUUACCAACUCAUGAAAAGAUGGCACAAAGGAGAUCAUCAUUUAGUAGUCAGUCCAUAAAUUCCCAGUCUGUUGGUCCUUCAUUAUCACAGCCAGUGAUGUCUCAAGCUGCAAAUUUACCAAUUCCACCAGGCAUGUCUCAGUUUCAGUUUUCAGCUCAAUUGGGAGCCAUGCAGCAUCUGAAAGACCAGUUGGAGCAACGCACACGGAUGAUAGAGGCGAAUAUUCAUCGGCAACAAGAAGAACUAAGGAAAAUUCAAGAACAACUUCAGAUGGUCCAUGGUCAAGGGCUGCAGAUGUUUUUGCAACAGUCAAACCCUGGAUUGAAUUUUGGUUCUGUUCAACUUUCUUCUGGAAAUACAUCUAAUAUCCAGCAGCUCACGCCUAUAAAUAUGCAAGGCCAGGUUGUUCCUGCUAACCAGAUUCAAAGUGGAAUGAGUGCUGGACAUAUGGGGACAGGUCAGCACCUGAUGCAACAACAGACUUUACAAAGUACAUCAGCUCAGCAAAGUCAACAGAGUGUACUGAGUGGGCACAGUCAGCAAACGUCUCUUCCCAGUCAGACGCAGAGCACUCUUACGGCCCCACUGUAUAACACAAUGGUGAUCUCUCAGCCUGCACCCGGGAGCAUGGUCCAGAUUCCAUCCAGCAUGUCACAGAACAGCACCCAGGGUGCCGCAGUAACCACAUUCACUCAGGAAAGACAAAUAAGAUUUUCUCAAGGUCAGCAACUUGUGACCAAAUUAGUGACUGCUCCUGUAGCUUGCGGAGCAGUCAUGGUACCUAGUACCAUGCUCAUGGGUCAGGUGGUGACUGCCUAUCCUACUUUCGCCACACAACAGCAGCAGGCACAGACUUUGUCGGUGACACAGCAGCAGCAGCAACAGCAGCAGCAGCAACAGCAGCAGCAGCAGCAACAGCAACAGCAACAGCAGCAACAGCAGCAGAGUUCCCAGGAGCAGCAACCAUCUCAGGCUCAGUUGACCCAACCACCACAGCAGUUUUUACAGACUUCUAGAUUGCUCCAUGGGAAUCCUUCGACUCAGCUCAUCCUCUCUGCUGCAUUUCCACUACAGAGCACCUUCCCUCAGUCACAUCACCAGCAACACCAGUCCCAGCAACCACAGCCACUCGGUCGUCAUAGGACUGACAGUUUGACCGAUCCUUCUAAGGUUCAACCGCAGUAGCACACAUGCUUCCUCUCUGACACCAAGGGAGGAAGGGGAAGGCCCAGAACGAGUUGCUCAGAUAACCUGAGGAUAGGAGGAAAAGUUCCAGCAGUUUCAUGCAAUGCAGUAUUGAAUGUUCUAGUUCCUGGAUUAAUGGGCAGAGAAAAUGCUGCCUGGUGAUACAGAUAUACAUUAAAUACCAGCCAUCAGGAAGAUGAUCAUAGGGACAUAGCCAAUUCUGACAGUGUUUCAGUUGCCCAGCUAUUUUUGAUGGAAAAAAGAGUAUAUUGCCAAACAUUAAAGGAGCUCAGCUAUGAAAUGAUCUCCAGUGAAUGCAAAAGGCAUUAACAAUGUUAGUAACUUCUGGUGGUUCCGUGCCUGUUACGUAGUGUUACUGAGGAUACAUCACUGCCACGUUGGGUUUGCUUACAAUGAUGCCGUGAAGAUAGUCCAGGAGUUAAGUGUUCCCCACCUCUAGUCACUCUCCCUUUUCACGUGAUGAUGGAACUGUAAUUACUUUCAGAAUGUUGUGUGGGUUCAAAGUCUGUGUAUAGAUACUGUAAAAAUAUGUAUAUGCCUGGGUGAAAGAGAAAGCAAACCAUUGUGUGUGCUGCAUGAAAGCAUUAACUCUUCCUCUGAGUACAUUUCAUUAGACUACCACACCGAGUACAAACUGAUACAUCAGCCUCUGUUUUCCUUUUGUUUACAACAUGGUAGUAUUCUGUUCACUUUUCCAGGGCACAAGUCUUUUCGUUCAUACUUUGGCUGUGAUGUCACAGUUUGUUCAGUGAGGUAUGAUGUGCUGCUGGGAAUAGAUCUUUUCUUUUUUCAGGUUAAAUUAUUGAUACAACAGGAUUAUCAAGUUAUUCGUAAUUAUCCCUCAUUUCAUUAUGUUUCAGUUAUGUUUGAAAAUAGGAUUUGCACUGCUUUACUUUAGAUGGUUGAGAGUUUGAUCACAUAUUUUGUUGUAUUUCAUAGUUGGAAAUAUUUAUGUCAAUGGUUUUCAGCAAGCCUGAAAGUAAUUUCAAGAAUGUUUCAGUUAUAGGAGUCAAGUUUGCACACAACAGAUUUAAGGCACUUUUUAACAUUCUCAGUGGUGAGAAUUUUAACUUUUAAGAUUUGUUGGAAUCUUUUUAUUAUCCUUCACAAUUUCAGUGCUUCUUUUAGUCAGAAAUGAUUCAGGGUUAUUUGAGGGAAGGGACCCAUAGUGCCUUGAUUUUAAUUCAGGUGAUAGAUAACUCACCAUCUUGAACUCAUUGUCUGGUUUCAGUAGCAGUUUUUAAACCUUAGUACAUUUUUAACAGCAUGUGGGUGUCCAUGUCAUUAUUCCCAUUAAGUUCCUAUGAAGGCUGCUGUGUUUUAAACUGGAGUAAAAAUAACAUAGAAAUAAAAAUCACAGCCUAACACUAUCAUAGUUACUAAUGUGAUCCCAGAGGUUUCCUAAAUUAGUAUCUUUAAAGUUAAAUCAUCACUUCAGUAAAUAUUUGCUCAAUGUGAUCUUGAUAUUCCUACAGAAAAGGGGUAAGAAUUGGCUUUACCUUCACUUCAACACCAGUAUAUUUAUAACUCACAUGCUUUCUAAACAUGCACUAAGAUUUCACCUGGCAAUAUUACAUUCUAAAAGUAACAAAUCCCAACACAAGUUACAUAUACUUAAAAAAGCUUUUUUUGGUACCAGAGAUUGAACUCAGGACCCUGCACUUGCAAGGCACUACUGAGCUAAAUCCCCAGGCCUAAAAAAGCAUUUUUUUUUAGAUUUUAUGGUACUAAUAUGAAAUUUGCAACUAAAAGAUCAAAAUACUAGGAAAAUUCCUUAUUCAAAUAUAGAAAACUGUUACUGAGAAAAGGGAGGAGAAUAAUUAUAAGAAACCAAAAUUGGUCUAUGGCCAUACCACUCUGAACACACCCGAUCUUGUCUGAUCUCAGAAGCUGAGCAGGGUCGGGCCUGGUUAGUUCUUGGAAGGGAGGAACCAAAAUUAACCUCAAGAAAAUGAAUAUCAGAGGUGAGGUUGUUAAAUAAAAAAGGUUCUGAGCAAUGAAAAAAGGUAAUGCAGAAUGUUAAAGGGCUUGGGAAUACUAAGUCAAUUUUUUGUCUUCAGCUUUGCUGUCAUCCUUAAGGGAUAUACUUUGUUUUUCUAUGUAAAAAAACUAUUUCUAGUCGUAAUUAAAUUAGAAAAUAAAUUAGACAAAACCAAAGAAAAUUGGUACCUACCCUUCCAACAAAAGAAGUAUGGCUAGAUACCAGUCAGUAAUUAACAUGUUGUGGAGGUGUUCUUCUAGCUAAAUGAUCACCCAGAAGAUUCCCAACAGUCCUGUGAAGACCAAGAACAGUUGUCAGGACAUGUGUACCUGAGCACACAGAGAUGCAUACUGAUGUAAAAUACUGCCCCAGCAUUGCUUUUCUCCCCUUCCAAAUUGCCUUUCUCAACCUUAUGCCAUUCCUUAUAAUGUAUAUUUGAGUUGUGCCUCAUUUAUUUGUUGGCAAUCUCUAGUGCUAGGGAUUUAGCUAACAAAAAGAUAGGAAGUAGCAUUAUAUUAAGGUUUGUGAUCUAAGUACCAUACUUAGAA